AUGACAGAUGGAACAUUAGCGAUUUCUUAUGAAAAACAGUUUGCGCCUGAUAUUUCUACAUCAGAGCCAGAAGAGUCAAAAUCAUAUCAAAAUGUUACGAAAGAUACAAAUGAUGAUGGUAAUAAUAAUGACAAUUUUAUGAUGAAGGUAAUGAAUACAGGUGAGCCAUCAGAGAAAACUGAUGAUAGAAACCGUAUCCGUAGAGUAGCUGCUACUCAACAAAACGACUCAACACCGUUGCUAUCACCACUUUCACCGUCAUAUAUUCCUGUACGAAAUUCAAAACGUAAUCUCGCCAACGUGAUCAACGAAUGUCCAUGGGAACUGUUUGGAAUAAUGGCUGAUCCUCAUCUUGUUUUCUUUGCCAAAGAGGAAACUACUAAAUUCAUCACAAUUUAUUUUAGUUUUUGUUUUCAAUGUGGAAAUAAAUUUACCUAUGAACUUAAUAUUCAGAGUGCAGCGAUAUCUCCACAACAUUCAGCCUUUUCCACUGUGUACAGAUCUCGGAAGAAUUGCUAUCCUCAAUGUGCAAGUUCCGAUGAGCCUGAAAUGGAUGUUAUUAACAACGAAACCGAAAUGGAAAUUAGUGAACAUUUAAAUGUUCUACCGUCGAUAGUGGUAUUACUACUUUGA